AUGUCUUCAAACACCAUGACCCGCGUCCCAGACAAGGCAUCCCGCGUCAAGGCCCUCGUGGCCGCCACCAGCGUCGUCCACCCGGCCAACAUCGCCAAAGGGGAUGACUGCCCAAUCUGCCUCGAGCCACUGGUCCCCAACAAGGGCCAUGCUCAAGAGCAAGCGCAAGUCGCCUCUGCAGACCCCGCCAUCAAAACCAAGAUCUGCGGGCACACCGCCCACGCCUCCUGUCUGCUCCGCUGGACAGAGGAGCACAGCAGCUGCGUGUACUGCAGGGAGGAGAUGUUCCAGGAGACGCGCUGGGAGUGGUGCUAUGUGGCGCCAUAUCAGGCCGGCAAGCGUGGCGUUUGUGUCAGUAUGGAGGAGUGGAAUGAGCGAAUGAAGAGUUGCAAGAGUGAGGAGGAGGAGGAGUGGGUGAAGGGGUUUAAAUCGACUUGGGUGGAUGUGAGGAAGGUCCGGUAUAGGUAUUAG